AUGGCGUUGGGUUCUGGCAACAGGAGCAGCAACACGUCUAUCUACGAACCAAAGCGUAUACCAAUUAAUCCGCAACUGGACCCGUUCGAUCUCGACAGUAUGAAGAGCCUGAUUUUAGUCCAAUAUACACGGCUUGCACAUCGAAUAGCUUUCCGUCCAUUCCCAUAUCCGGUCGAAUUGGGCCUCACUAACUACCUCGUACGAGGCUCCCAUCUCAUCUGCAAGACCUUGUAUCUUGGUGCGAGAAUAUCCCAGGCGUUGCUCGACGACACCAACUGGCAAGGGUAUAGGUUGGAUAGAUACCUUCCACAAUCGAAUCCUGGAACCCAGUCUGCCUUGUGGAGAGCAAUGUGCCACCUAGCCGAUCGCUUGGCUGCAAACUGCAAUUAUAUGCUUCAUGAUUCUGAACAGCUCAAUUGGAUAUACGAUCUUCCGAAAGGCGCACCGAUGUUUCUUCAGCUGGCCGUAAAAUAUCCUGAUUUAUGGACGGGAGAUUCAGCUUUCACUUUCCCGGCGCUUCACGGACCAAGGCACGAGUUGGGCAAGUUCACACUUAUGGACACGGUUUCUGCUCUGCCACGCAAAGACUUAUUCUUGGAGCCUGCAUUUGCUUGCCCCAUUGUUGUUCUGAUAGCGCUUGCUCGGGUCAAUGCGCACAGGGCGUCACGGCUCAUGAAUCAAGAUGCCACAAGUGCGCAUGGACUCGAAGAGUGCGAAGCAGCCGUUCGAAAAUGGAAAGCGCCGGUCGACUACAACGACCAGCCGUCUAAGAUUGUCACUCGCCUGGCAGUCCAGGAGGCUUGGAGGCAAGCAGCCUUGAUAUAUCUAUACAUGGGAAUGUGCGAGGCGAGAUCGUGUGACGGCCGUGUUGAACCGCUAGUGCAGCAAGUUGCGCAACUGGCAAGUGCUGUUGAGGCUGGUAGUCCAUUGGAGACGCAUUUAUUUAUCCCAUGUCUGAUUAUAGCCGUACUGCACGCCACAGGCUGGGGUAGCUGGCGAAAAGAAAGGCACCGUGCGAUCCUCCGCAAGAAGAUCCAGGCAUCUCAGAAGACCGAUGCCUGUCUGUUGCGCGGAGCGGACUUUUCGUUUGUGCUUGACCACCUUUGGCAUGGAGCAGGCUCUGGAGGAAGUCCGGUAACGUGGGGCGACUAUGUGAACUCACGAUGUUUGGUUUUGCCUAUACCCGCCGAGGUAUGA